AUGAAAGCAAACCAAAAAGUUUAAAAAAAGGUUGAUAAAUACAAAGUCCUGUUUAAUUUUAAAGAUGUUGAAACUUCUAAUUCAGAUUUAGAAAUCAAUUAACCCUAAUAACCAAUAAUACAUUAGUAGUAAGGGGAAAAAUUACACAAAAGUUUAUCUUAAAAUAUUACAAAGCAGGAUAGCCAUUCAUAAACGAUCAUUAAGAAUAAUGAAUAUUUUUAAGAUGCAAAGCAAUUUAAAGAUAAAUCUAUAAAUCUACCAGCUCUUAAUAUAUCGAAUAUUUCAAAACAGCUACAUAAUUAAUCUAUAAAUGAUCAACAUAGUAUCCCUAAAUAUCUUCUUUAAAAAAUCUAAACAAGUACUAGUAGAAAAAAGCAAAUAUCGUUGAGCACUUAACUGAUUAACAACGAAUCUAUUUUAAAAGGAAUGAAUGGAGUUAAUUUAUUAGAUUCAAAGACCUUGAGAAAUGAUUACUCACUUUAAAAUCUUUAAGCAAAAAAUCAUAACAUUAAAAUAAUGGACAUGAUUCAAGAGGAUAAAAAAUAAUUAAAAGAUCGUACAUUACUGAAUCUAAAUGAUAUUUCCUACAUACAAAAAAGUCCAAAGAUAGAAAUGGAUUUGAAGGAAGCAUCUAACAGUAUUAUUCAUUUUGAUGGAUAACUUUAAAUAAUGAAUAAUACAAAGAAGAAGAAAAACAAUGUAUACCUACAAUUUUAUGAAAUAUCACAUGAAAAUGCAAAGUAUGACUCUGACAUAGAUAAUAUUGAAAAAAAGAUUUAAAUUGACAGAUUUUAUAAAGAAAAAGAUCAAGAGAAUGAAAACCAAUAUAUCUAAAAUCAUAAAGAGAUAUUAAAUAAUAUUUCAUUAGCCUCAAAUAGAGCUUUCAAUGCUGGUUAAAACCAAUUUUAUAACUCAUCAAAAGCUACAAAAACAGAAGAAAAUUCGAUUUUUUAGAACUCAUUCUCAAAUUUAAAUGAAACUAAAACUAAUAGAUCUUAAAAGAAUUAUUUAUCUGGAUCUAAUUAGCGUAUUCUUACUGAAGGAAACGACACGUCAACAACUUAAAUGGGCUCGCUUCAGUCAAAGCUUCCAUUCUAAAUUUCUAAUUUACCCAUUUCGAGGAAAGAUGUUUAGGAUCUUGAGAUUUGGUUGAAUGAUAUGCUGCAUAAUCUCUCUGAACAAAAAGAUUUACCAAAAUAAAAACUUCUAGAUGGUUACCAAGUUAUUUACACAGCUUGUCUAAAGGAACUAAUAAGAUAAGUAAAAAUUUCUUGUUUAGAAAGGGGAACAUUAUUUGAAAAAGUGUGGAUUGCUUACACUGAUUUAAUACUCAAGGGAUAGACAGCUAACUAAUAAUAUCAUAGUAAAUUGGAAUAAGAAUUCUUAGAUGAUACUUCGAGAUUGCAUAAAGCUUAUGGCCAAUAAAUAGCUCUUCUGGAGUAGGAAAGAAAAAAAGAUAGGGCAAAGCUUGAUGAAUAGUAAAAAGAAAUCUAAAUAUUAACCGAAGCUACUAGUUACUUUAAGAAGAAACUUUUAAAUGCAGAUUUAGAAAUAAAAAAGCAUAAAAAUGUGGAAGAGGAUCUUAGAAAUUAGCUUGAAGCUGUUAUUUAAGAAAAACUAAAACUAAAAUUGAUUAAUUCAGAACAUAAAAAAUAAGAAAAAAAAGCUUCAAAUAGAAUUAGAACCUCAUCAAAAACUAGUAGAUUUGGUCUUCAAUCACCAAGAUCAUCACAGAGAAAGGAAGAAAGAGAUGAAGAUAACAGCUAAGAUGAAAUGAAUUAAUCUUAGUUAUCAGAAGACUAGCCUGUAGAAGAUGAUUAGGAAGAAGUAUCUUAAACACCAUAAUAUUUACACAAAAUAAGGAGUUAGAAUGAGGAAGAAACGAAAGAAGAAUUCAAAAAUUCAAAAAUCUCUGUAGUUUCUCAUUUACUAAACAGAAGAAAUUUGAUCUUCAAUACUGAAGAAGAAAAUCAUUAAGAAAAAGAAGAUUAGGACUUGUAAGAGGAAUUAAAAAAUUAGAUAAAUAAAACAUCUCAAGAAGAGUUAGACUUUUUGAUAGAGCAAGAAGCAAAUGAAGAAAAAAGAGAAAAAUUGAAAUAGCUUUGUACAUUAGACGAUGAUGAUGAUUUAUAGUAUGAACUUAGGGAAUAAGAAGUCUAAACUGAAUAUAUUAGAUUAUCAGAAUGUGAACAAAUAAAUGUUCUAAUUCAUGAAUUGACAAAAUUUGAUCAAGUAUAAGGUGGAGAUAAUUCUAGUCUUUCUACUUAAUACGAAAAAGCUUUAGAAAUUAUAAAGACAGGAGAGAUGUAAUUUGAAUAAAAAAUGGAAGCUGUAGAUGCUAUUAAAAAUGCUUUAAAGUAGUUGGAAGCAUAUAUCAAAAUGUCUGAAACUCUAAAUGCUAUCGCUAAUGAAAAUAUAAAACUUUAAAAUGAAAAAUUUGAAUGGGAACUUAAGUAUAAAGAGAGCUAAGUUGAAAUCGAAGAUAUGAAAUCACAUUAUAAAAAUGUUAAAUAGAAAUAUGAAAAAAAAAACACAAUGAUUUGCCAUUUAUAAGAUGAGCUUAGCUCUGCUAAAGAAAAAGUGAAGAAUGAAUAAAAAAGUAUAAAGAGUUUCUUUAAGGGAAUGGUUAAGCAAAUAAUUAAGAAAAAUUAAGCAAACGAUUUAGAAGGGACUCAAUAAGAAAAUCAAAAUAUAGAUGAUAACUAAACACCAAACGAAGAUGGAUAAGAAGAGUAAGAUAGAAUUAAAGCUAAACAAUUAAUAGGUGAUUAAGAUGAUGCAGAAGAAAAACAAGAUGGUAAAAAGAGACAUGAGAGGCAUAAUGAUAGCAGCUCAGAAGGUGAAACUGAUGAUAGCUCAGAUGAUGAAGAUGAUGAUAGUGAAGAUCCUGAUGGCUAAAGAAGAUUAAGUAAAUACUUAAUGAAAAUUAUACAAAGAUAAUAACUUAAGCAUAAUCAAGAACAAGAUAGAAAGCAAAGUUUAUUCGUAUCACCUGAAUCCUAAAAGAAUGGAAAAUCUAUUAAAGAUUUACUAAAUUCGUUAAUUGGCAUUAAACUAGAUAACAUAAAAGUUAGAAAAACUUCAAAAAAUUCUAAUUUUGGAAGUCAUAAAAACUCAGUUAAUAUGAAUAUGAGCUUUGCUAGUGUGGUGAACAAAGCAAGGGCCUCAGAUGAUAUCAGAAAAAAAGCAAUCUAAUAAAAUAUGAAGAUGAGUAUUAGGGCAUCCAAGUAAUCAGUAUCACCAAGUUAAGUUUAAUAAUAAAUAUCAGCUCUUGACUAAUCAAUGCUAAAUUCAAAAGUCUUAUAGAAAAGAUUUUUUAGUCCAAACUAAGAAUAAUCAUAAAAACUUGUAAAUUCUAUUUACCAGCAGAGAGAUAAGAUAAAAAAACCAGAAUUACCAAUGAACACAAUUAUUAAAUUCCUCAGCGGUGUUUAUUAAGAGUUGGUAAAAAAUGAAAAUUCUAACAGAAUUCCAUUACAUACGUGUUGCUAUGAUUUAAUUCUUUAAAAGUAUGGUCUUAAGACUGUUGCCGAAAAUAAGCUCAAAUAAAUUUUUAAAAGCUUAUAUUUUUAUAGAAAUCAAACUCCAAGAUUGAAAUCUUCAGCUAUCUAUUGUGGUAUUUCUGAUCAUUAUGAUGACACUAACUAUCAUAUUUAUAUCAAAGCUAUACAGUACUUUUAUGAGUUACAAAUCAAUUAAAUAUGCAAUCUUUAAGAAGAUACCUUAAUUACCUAUGACAAAAUUUACCCAUUUAUUGAUGAUUUCUUUAAAGAAAAAUUAGGAUAAAAAAAUUAUUCAGAUUUAGUUUUAAAUAUUAAAUAAACUUAACAUAAUCAAAAUUUAAGUAGCAGUGCUAAAGUAGAAAACGGUAUUAGAUUUGAGACGUUUAUGAAUAUUGCAAUUUCUUUUUAUGAAAAAACGAAAGCUGAAUGUAAAAAGCAUGUUUCAGAAAUAUUUUAUGCUUGUGAUCUUGACAAAAAUGAUACGAUUGAGUAUUAUGAAUUUGAUUUAAUGUAUAAAUAUGUUGAGAAAAAAAAAUAUGACAAACAGAUUGUUUAAUCAUAAUUCUCUGAAGAAGCUGACAUUAUUAACCCAAAAACAGGAGAAAAAGCUCUAACCUUAAACAAAUUCGUUGAUAUUUGCAUAGAAAAAGAUUUAUUCUCAUAAAAAAGGUGCUCAGAAUUCUGCUAAGUUCAAAACUAAAAUGAUGAUAUCAAAACUAUUGAUGAUUUAUGCUAAAACUGGAAUUACCGUUUUAAAUUACUUAAAUAUAGAUUUUUAAAAUGUGACUAAUAUAAACCUCACAUUAAGGCUAUCAUAGAAAACUUAACAGAACAAUUGACUAAUUAUAAUGAGAAAAAUGCUAAAAUUAUUUGGCUAAGCUAUAGAUUAAUAGAUUAAGAAAGCAUCAAUAUUUAAGUAGAAUAUGAGACAGAGACUAUAAUACAGGAUAUAAUUCCUAUUAAACUUCAAAUGCUCUAUUCUAUUUCUAGCAAAUUUGAAGAAAUUUUAUGA